AUAAACAAACUGAUUACUGAUUGUCUAUAUAGAAAACCCGACUAGAGGGCAAACUAGGUGUCCAGUUACCAGACAGCUAGAACAUAGGCUAAGCUUUCGAUUACUGGAUGGUUAGAAAGUAUUGUGUGUCUUGGAACUUUGAAAUAAGAGCCUAGAUGAGCAGUAUACUGAAGAAACUGCAGUAUCUAGAGUUCCCGGAAUGUACAAAAGAAGCCCUGAACUAUAUAGUGAGGAAUUAUGCUUCAGACCCGCACAGGGGUGUUCCAGGAAGGGCAGGAGCUAGUGAAAAUAUUGCAGUGGAGGUGGCACAGGAGUAUAUUAUUGAUAUGUCAAGAAGGAAGGGGCAUAAACAUAGAAAAUUAAAUGCUGUCCAUGAGCUACAGCUGCUUGAGAUGUUAUGUUCAGCCUUGCAAGAGGCACCAGAGCAUGCUUGUUACAGCAUCUUCUCAGCCAUAUUUGGUGGCCAUGUUGACCCUUUCAAGAUCAACUUAAUGACUCAAUUGGUUUCCAUGGCAAUAUCUGUAAGUUGUGGUCCUGUGCUAGGAUGUGCAGCCAUAUGGAUGCAGGAGCAGGGCAGUCAGAGCCAGAGUGUGUGUGAUCUGGCGCAGAAACUUGUGGAUGAUUAUUGUAUGCUAUACCCCAACGUGAGCAAGGCAUUCAAGAACCUACCUAAAGUAUCUUCAUUGUUCACAUGCAACUUUAUGACAGCACUUACCACAAUCUAUCCAUACACAGAUGCUAGCAAAUCUCCACCACCUGUGCUAUUAGAAUGUAUUGUAGACUGGAUCUCAUCUGAUUCUUGUUUGUGUUCAGACUCUGUUAGACUGGUUCGUAUUCAAUCAACAUUUACCUGUCCAAUCGGUGGACUGGUUCGCUGGUGCAUUCUGGGACCUCUAGUGACAGCAAGUAGUGGUUCAGAUAAAAACGCAUCAGGUCACUCUAAAAUGGAACAGUCCAGUGCUUUAAAAGCUGUGACUUUCACAGAUGAGAAAUUACAAAGUUUAUUUCCAAGAUUACACCUGGCAGUGCUACAAAGUUUACAAGCUUACAAAAGUAUGGAACUUCAAGAGCACCUGUUGACCUUUACAGACCUAUUUAUAGUGUCUAAGACACUUGCAGUAUUUUAUAAAGGAGGGCAGUGCUCAGAGCAGUUAUUACCUGUUGUUAACACAUCAACAGACAGACUUGCUCAAAUCAUACAGGUUGCCCUGACAACCAAUAGUCUUCCAGGGAAGUUUGACAUUAGACAAGUUUGCGAAGGACUUCCACAGAACAGAUUGAUGCAGAUGAUCCUGACCAUGAGAUACGGGAAGCAAGAACCUAUGGACUUGUCAUGAGACAGUUCUCUUCAUAUCAUCCAGAAUCACUUUUACAUGUGCCAGGUUUCAUGUGCAAUGUAUUGAAAUAAAUUGCUACAAGUA